AUGGGCUUAACCGUCGAGCUCAAGACCCCCCUCACGGGUGCCUACCAACAACCCAUUGGCCUCUUCAUCAACAACGAGUGGGUUGAGGGUGUCGACAAGAAAAAGUUCGAGGUUGUCAAUCCAACCACCGAGGAGGUCAUCACCUCUGUCUGCGAAGCCACCGAGAAAGAUGUCGACGUCGCUGUCGCCGCAGCUCGCAAGGCCUUUGAAACCACGUGGAAGGACGUCACGCCCCAGCAGAGGGGCAACAUGAUGAUCAAGCUCGCCGACCUCGUGGAAAAGAACCUCGACCUCCUCGCCGCCGUCGAGUCGCUCGACAAUGGCAAGUCCAUCACCAUGGCCAAGGGUGACGUUGGCGCCGUCGCUGCCUGCAUCCGAUACUACGGCGGCUGGGCCGACAAGAUUGAGGGCAAGACCAUUGACAUUGCCCCCGACAUGUUCCAUUAUACCCGCCCGGAGCCGCUUGGUGUUUGCGGCCAAAUCAUUCCCUGGAACUUCCCCCUCCUCAUGCUUGCCUGGAAGGUUGGUCCCGCCCUGGCCACGGGCAACACCAUCGUCAUGAAGACUGCGGAGCAGACGCCGCUCUCGGCUCUGGUCUUUGCCACCCUGGUCAAGGAAGCCGGCUUCCCUGCCGGAGUCUUCAACCUACUGUCCGGUUUCGGCAGAGUCGCCGGCGCCGCCAUCGCCUCCCACAUGGACGUUGACAAGAUUGCCUUUACCGGCUCCACCCUUGUCGGGCGCACCAUCAUGAAGGCUGCCGCGUCCUCCAACCUGAAAAAGGUGACCCUGGAGCUGGGCGGCAAGUCGCCCAACAUUGUCUUCAACGACGCCGACAUCGAGCAGGCCAUCUCGUGGGUCAACUUUGGCAUCUACUUCAACCACGGCCAGUGCUGCUGCGCCGGCUCCCGCAUCUUUGUCCAGGAGGGCAUCUACGACAAGUUCCUCGAGGCCUUCAAGAAGCGCGCCCUGCAGAACAAGGUCGGCGACCCGUUCGCCCAGGACACCUUCCAGGGGCCCCAGAUCAGCCAGGUGCAGUACGACCGCAUCAUGGGCUACAUCAAGUCCGGCAAGGAGGAGGGCGCCACGGUCGAAGUCGGCGGCGGGCGCCACGGCGACAAGGGCUACUUUAUCCAGCCCACCGUCUUCUCCAACGUGCGCCCAGACAUGAAGAUUAUGCAGGAGGAGAUUUUCGGCCCCGUCUGCGCCAUUGCCAAGUUCAAGGACGAGGCCGAGGUCAUCAAGCUGGGCAACCAGUCAAACUACGGCCUCGCGGCCGCCAUCCACACCAGAGACCUCAACACGAGCAUUCGCGUGAGCCGCGCCCUAAAGGCCGGGACAGUCUGGGUCAACUGCUACAACCUGCUCUCACACCAACUACCCUUUGGCGGCUACAAGGAGUCUGGUAUUGGCCGCGAGCUCGGCGAGGCUGCUCUGGCCAACUACACCCAGAACAAGAGCAUCGCCGUACGGCUAGGCGGGCCUAUAUUUGGCUAA